AUGAGCGGCGCCUGGGGCGACCCAGGCGGCUUCCCAGGCGGCAGCUACGGCGGGCCUCCAGGUGGGCCCAGCGGAGGCUACCAGGCAGGCCCGCAGCAGGGCUUCCAGCAGCAGGGCCUCCCGCAGCAACAGGGGCUUCCGCAGCCGGGCUUCCCGCAGCAGGGCUUGCCACAGCCCGGCUUCCCGCAGCAGGGCCGCCAGCCGGGAAGCGGGCCCUCAGGCCAGGCGUUCGCAGCCGGGCCCGGCCAGGCGUUCGCAGCCGGGCCAGGCCAGGCCUUCCCGCAGGGAGGACACAGUGGUGGCUUCCAGCAGGGGAUGGAGGCGGGCUACUUGCCCGCCGGAGCCGCGUCGGUUGGGCCAGGCCAGCCCGGCGUCUCUGCCAGCUACCCGCCGCCGGGCGGCGGCGGCGGCUUCCCGUUCGGAGGUGGCGCCCCCCACACGGACCAAGCAGCGCUCGAAGAGAUCAUGCGGGCGCUCGCCCAGGACCAGCGCGCCCUGGAGGAGCUCGAGCGGCUGUGCUCCCAGCUGCCCCAGCAGACGCUGCCCGCGCGCCUCGCCCACGGGCUGCGGCGGCGCCUGCAAGAGGAGCGGGAGCUCCACGAGCGGGACAGGAAGGACGUGGACCGGCUGGCGGAGCAGGUGCGCGAGGAGAGGCGGCGGGCCGAGGCACAGGAGGAGGCCGCGCGUGCGCCGCAGGGGCCGCAGGUGCCGGCGGGCCGGGAGGCCGAGCUGGAGCGCCAGGCGAGGCGCCUGGCCCACGAGGUGGAGGUGCGCGAGGAGGAGAUCCGGCACAAGGACGAGGAGCUCCAUGCCCUGCGGGCGGAGGUGCGGGCGCUGCAGGAGAGCAGCGGCCGCUUGGAGGACGAGAACCUGCGGCUGCAGCGCGAGAGGGAGGAGGUCGACCUCGACUACGAGGCCGCGGACGCCGAGGCCAGCCAGGUCGCGGCCGAGAACGCCCAGCUGAAGAGGCAGAUCGAGGAGAUGGAGGUCCAGAUCCGCGCGCAGCAGCAGUACGAGGAGGACUUCGACGCGCGGAUGACGGAGAUGCUGGACGAGCGGGACAAGCUGCUGUCCGAUGCCACGGCCGAGAGGGACAAGCUGAGGGUGAAGAUCGCCAAUCUGCAGGACGAGAUCGGCGCCCAGGACAUCGGGGCGGUCACCAAGGACGCACAGGCGCUGCGCCAGAUCCUGAAAGACAAGGAGCUCGAGCUCGAGGACCUGGCGGAUCGCAACGACGAGCUGGAAGAUGAGCUGGCCCGCGUGACGCAGGAGCUGGAGGCCGCACGUGGGCAGCGCGUUGGUGCGUCUGCCCCGGAUGUGACGGCGGAGGGGCACGUGGACGCGACGAAGUACGAGGACCGGAUGGCCGCCUACAAGACAGAGCUGGUCAACAAGGACGAGCAGAUUCUCAACGCGGAGAAGAUGCUCCAAGAGUUGGCAAAGGCGCAGGGCGCCGAGGGCAUCGUCGCACAGAAUCGGGAACUCGUUCGCCAGGUGCAGGACAUGAAGCGUCAGACGGGCGAGGCGAAGCGGGACUUGUCUCAGUAUCUGUCCGAGGCAGCCAGCAUAGUAUACGAGAACGAGUUGCUGCGCGGGAUCGCGAAUGUACGCCCAGAGCAGCUCAAUUUGCAAGAGUUCAAGCUCAAGCAGCAGGUGACCUCGGCCAAGGCCCAGGCCAUGCAGAAGCAGCUUGAGAAGGAAGUGGCGGACCUGGAGGAAGAGCGUAUCAGGCUGAAGCGGAGGGUACGGCAGAUGUCAGAGUUGGCCGCCGAGAGGGUGUCGCUAUUGCACAACUUGCAGCCUGAGCAGAUGUUGCAGCUCGAGGAGAUUGCCGCUUCGAUGCGCCGGGGUAAGCUGGAGCUCCCCGUCGUUGACGAGAGUCGCGAGUUGAAAAAGGAGAAGGAAGAGCUGGAGAAGAAGUUGAGGAGUAAGGAGUCAGAGGUGUCUGCUCAUGUGGACCGCAAGGUCGACGAGGUGAUCCAGAACACGAUGCGCGUAAAGGAGGUGGAGGUCAAGAUCAAGCUGCUCGAGGAGGAGAACAGCGCGCUGAAGCACGAGAAAGCCACGCUGCUUGCGAGGGCUACGGCCGCCCCAGAAAUCCUGGGCGCGGCCCCUGGCUCCAUCUCCAGCAACCUGCUGCUGGAGCAGCAGCUGCAGAUGCAGAGGCAGUUCCGAGAAGCGCUGGAUGCUGCGAAGACGACCGGCCAGCCGCCGCCCACGAUGCCCGCCGCGGCGGUGCAGCCGGCGGUGCAGCCAGCGGUGCAUCCAGCCUCGAUGGCGGCCGGGGGCGGCCUCGGGCCGAUGGCGCUGCCGCACAUCCCAGGCAUGCCGGCCACGGCCUUCUCGCAGCUGCUGGGUAUGGCCAUGCAGCUGCCGCGGGAGCUGCCGGCUGGCUCGCCGGAGUCCGUCUGCUCGCUCUACUGCCAGGUGGUGGAGUGCCUGGAGGAGCUGAAGAGGGAGCGCGACCAGAACAAGGAGCUCACGGGUGAGGUCGCCAGUUUCAACCAGAAGUAUGACAAGCUCCUCUCCGAGCAGGAGGUCCUGUACAAGGACUAUUUCCGGCAGCUGGCGGAGUGGUCGGAGGAGAGGAAGGCCUUGCAGGAAAAGAUUCAGGUUGGCCAAGACGCGAUCAGCGAUCUGACCAAGAAGCUGAAGAAAGAGAAAGACGACGAGGCCACCCUGAAGAGGCUGGAGGGACUGCGCGGCCUCCCGGCAGAGGAGGAGCUCCGCAAGAACCUGAUGGCGGCCAUGCAGCGCAUCGCCGCGUUGGAGCAGGGCGAGAGCGUGCUCUCCCGGAAGUACGAGACGGCCGCGGAGGACCACCGCAAUGUGAAGGAGGCCUUCGACAAGUUGGAGAUCGAGUACGUCGAGCGGGAAAGGUUUCUCAAGACUCGGCUCACAAACGCGGUCCUUUGGAAGCGCCGUACGCUGGCGGCGAUGCGGAAGGCGAGGAGCAAGCUUCAGACUAUGGUCCCCCAGACGGACUACGACCGCGUCCAGAAGGAGCUGCAGAUCGGAAAGCAGCGCGAGCUCGACCUAAGUCAGCGUAACACCAAGCUCCUCAGCCUGGGCGCGCAGCAGGAGGACCGGCUGCGGGAGAUGGAGGACCUCCGCGACCGCUGCGCAAGCUUGAGCACGCUGGUGCGCGAGACGGAGGAUCAGUUCCACGCCCUACGGCUGAGACUCCAGGAGCUGGAUGCAGGGUUCAAGACGGAGUGUGUGGUGCUCUCGCGCCUGACCGUCGACGUCCAGAAGGUCCUGGGCUUCGUGGGGCAGUGGGACGCCUUCUCGAGGGCCGCUGCGGCCAUGGACCCUCCAACGGGCGCAGACGGCGGGAAGGCCUCCGCGGCGGCACCCCCGGCAAGACUGAACGUGGAGGCAUCGCUGGACGCGAAGCUCCGGGAGCUGGACCGCGACAACGACGGCUCGAUCACCAUGGGGGAGUUGAGGCGACUGCUCGAGACGUUUUCCAUCAAGAUCGCAGACAGCGAAGUGCGGAUCCUGGCCCAAGCUCUGCGGCGUCAAGGUUCGAGGCUCCCGGCUCCGCCGUCGGCCACUGCGGCAGCGGGGACGCCCGAGGACGUUGCGAGGGCGGACGCAGAGCUGCUCGCGAGCACCAGCGUUUCUGUGUUGGCCAUCGUGGGCCGCCUCCGACUCUUCGGGCUCAGGCAGCUGGAGCCAGAGGAGCUCUUCUGGGCCGCUGCGCAGUCCCUCUUCGCUGCAAAGUUUCCCAACUUCUCCUGCAAGGAGGUGGUGCCCCACGUUCUCAAGACGUUCCUCCAGCCGUUCGCCCUCCAUGGUGAGAUAAAGGUGGAAAACGUGGCAAGCGUGCUGGGCCAAUUCGGCUUGCCUGUGGCUCACCUGCCUCUGCCAUGCUUGAAGCGACUUCUCGGUUGGCUGGGGACCCUGAUGAGGCCGCCCGGCCAGGAGUCGGCACCGCGGGACGAGCUCGCUCAGGGGCAGCAGUCGGAGCCGCACGAGCGGGCCAGGCUGAUGUCACAGACGCUGGUCUGGAGCGAUCUCGUGGAGCACUUCGAGCGCGGCGCGAGGAGGGCACUGCAGGCGAUGGUUCCCGCGACGGUGGCAGACUCCGCCGGGCAGCCCAGCGCGGCCCCGGCCCCAGCAGGAGGGGCGGCAGCGAGCCUGUUCCCCAUGGAUUUGGUCCCGAGCCACGUGGUGGAGGCCCGGGAGGCGGCGGCCAACCGGCGGUGCGCGGUGCUGGAGCAGGAGGUGCGCGCGAGGGUCAGGACCGUCGGGGAGCUCCAGCGGCAGAUCGGGGAGCUCGAGACGAUGACGCAGAGGCUGGAGGAGGACCUGCACAAGGAGCGCAGCAGCUCGAUGGAGCUGCAGGCGCACAUGGCGGGCCUGGUGCCGCGCGCGGAGGUGGAGCCGAAGCUGCAGCAGCUCGAGAAGAUGCGCCUGGAGGUGCAGCAGCUCAGCACCGGGAUCCAGCAGGAGAGGGAGCUGACCCAGGUCUGCGCUCGGCAGGCCGAGAGCUACGAGCAGCUCAUCAAGAGGAGGCAGCAGGAGGUGCGCAGCCUCCAGGAGACGGUGAGGAUGCUGCAGACCAAGGACGAGAUGGCCAACAGCGUCGGCAAGCUGCAGUACAGGCUCCUCCUGGUGCAGUGGGAGAAGGGCAACGCUCAGCGUCAGCUGCAGAAUGCCGCCGCGGAGCUGAGGCUGGCGCGGAAGGAGUUCUUGGACAUGGAGGACAGCACGGCCGCGCUGGAGAAGGAGUGGGCCGACGAGGCGGACAGCCUGCACCACCGGCUUGCGGUCGCGAACGACGCCGCGGAAAAGUAUAAGGAACAGGCAACUGCCUCGCUGCCCUUCAGCAAGGCCCGCGAGCUCCUCGCCAGGGUCGAGGAGGUCGCGACCACGAAGUCGGCCAUCGAGGAGAAGUACCAGGAGGUCCGGAGGCGCCUGAACCUGAACCAGGCCGAGGCAGACCAGCUGCGGCUGCAGGCCCAGCAGGCCAAGGAGCUCUUCAAGGACCUCAGCAGCAUCGGGGGAGACAGCGAGGAGCUGCGCAAGCGUCUGAUGGAGAUGGCGCAAAAGCUCUCAGACGCCAAGCUGCUGGAGCUGAAGCACAAGCGCGAGCUCGACGUGUCCCGCGAAGAGUUUGAGUCCCUGCAGAGAGCGCGCCGGAACGACGAGACGGAGAUCCGGAACUUGCAGAAGGAGGUGGCGGAUGCCGAGGCGAAGAUGGCGAAGGAGGGCGAGCGGUGGCGCCAGGAGGUCCUCAGGCUACAGCAGCUCGCGCUGGAGGCGGGCAGCGCGCCGGCCGCGGCGGCCGCGGGCGCGGACGGCGCCAGGCGUGCCUCCCUCUCCAGGAGCGGCGCCAAGGUGGAGGCCCUCGAGCAAGAGCAGGACCAGCUCCUGAAAAAGGAAAAGAAGGUCCAGGAGCUGGAGGCGCAGCUGGAGAGCGUCAAGGUUGAAAAGGAUCGCGCGUUGGGAGAGAAGGAGCUGGAGAUUCGCAAGCUGGCACGGGAGCUCGAUGCUGUCAGCCAGGGCGACACAAUGCGCCUUCGGGAGGCGCUCAGGGACGAGCAUGAGAACGAGAUCGGGCAGAUCACUGGGGCGGCCCAGGAGUCCAUCAAGGCGCUGCAGGACUUGUUGCAGGAGGCGGAGAAACGCGCCGACGAGCACCAGGCCAAGCUGGCAGAGGUGCUGAAGCAAAAGAAGGACGCAGCAAGCGACCACGUCAAGAGGCUGGAACAGGAAAUCGCUCAGCUGCGUGAGGAGAGGAACCAGUUGCAGCUCGCAGGCCCUGAAUUCUUGAUGCCAGCCACAGCCAUGUCGCCCCUCGGAGCCGCUUCCAUCGAUCUGGAGGCUUCCAUGUCGCUGGAGUCCCACGGGGAGCACAUGACCGCGCUGGAUCAGCGAAUGAAUUACAUGAGGCAGCGCGAGCGCGACCUGGAGGAGCAGAUGGAGCGGAUGCGCGAAGACUUCGCACAGGCCAUGCAGCAGCAGCAGGACAUGUUCAUGCAGCAGAUGGAGGCGCAGCGCAGCGAGUACGAGCGCUUCGAGAGCAUGAACCGUGGCGAGUUCCGAGAUCUCCGCCGCAUCGCGGAGAAGCACCAGUCGGAGGCGCAGCGUGUCCAGUCGGACGCGCAGCGGCUGCAGUCGCAGAUGCAGUCCAACGCCCAGAGGUUCCAGUCGGAGGCGCAGAGGAUCCGGGACGAGGCCCUCCGGAAGGCGGAGAGCCCGGUCAACAGGUACCGCGCAGUGAGCGCCCAGCACCAGCAGGAGGCGGAGUCCCGGCGCGCAGAGGUGGACCACCUGACGGUGGAGGUCGCGCAGCUGCGCGAGCAGCUGCGGGCCGCGCUCGGCGAGCUGGAGGAGGAGCGCCGGGGCAGGGCCCUGGAGCAGGAGCGCUACCGCGCCUCCUCGCAGCAGCGUCAGCAGACGUCCCUGCGCCGGAAGUUGGCCGCCAAGGAGGAGGAGCUGCAGGGCUUCAAGAAGGCCAUCGAGGGGCUGAAGGAGAAGGUCGUGGAGAUCACCGUGGCGAAGGAGAAGAACGACAGGGAGUGCGACAACGCGAGGAGGGCGGCUGAGGAGUCCCGCAGGCGGAUGGACGCCCAGGCCGACAAGGUCGGCAGCCUGCGCGAGGACGUCGUCCGCCUGACGCGGCAGCUGCAGGAGCAGCAGGCCGCGGUGGGGCACCAGGCGGCGAAGGGCGCCGAGAGCGGCGCCCGCGAGAGGGAGCUGGAGGCGCUGCUGGACGAGGCCGCAGCGCGCCUGCAGGAGCAGUCCGGCGAGGCGCGGCGCGCCCAGGAGGCGCGGCUGGCGCAGCUGCGCCGGGCGGAGGAGGCGGAGCAGGCGCUGGCGACGCACCGCGCCCUGCAGAAGGACGAGGCCGAGAGCCUGGUGCGCGAGGCGCGCGAGGCCGCGGAGGCGAGCGCGAGGAGGGCGGCGGCCCUGCACGACAGGAUCGACGCCCUGGAGGCGGAGCGCAACCAGCUGAGCGCCAAGCUCCAGGGCCUCGAGGCCGCCGCGCUGCUGCGCAGGUCCGAGCACUCGAGCGGCAGCACCGCGGGCGCCGCGGCGGCGGCGGCGCCGCAGAGCGCCCGCGGCAGCCCGCCGGUCGGCGCAGAGCCGCAAGCGGGCGAGGGGUUUGCCGCGGUUGCGGAGGCGAAGGAGCAGCUCCGCCUGGAGGUCAGGGCCAGGGAGCGCCUGCAGGGCCAGGUCAAGGACCUCGCGGUGCAGCUGGAACUGGCGCACGUGCGGCACCCCGCGCGCACCAGCGCCGGGGGCGGCGAGGAGUUCCAGGCGACCCCGCGGCAGAGAGGUCGAGCGGGCGUGAUGCCGACGCAGACGCUCCCAGGCGACCGCCUGGCGCGGUCCGCGAGCCCGCACGUGCACGCGCGCCAGUCGGCGGACCUGGCCAUGCGCUGCGGGCAGCUCCAGGCAUCCCUCACGCGGCUGCAGGCAGAGAACAUGUCGCUGCAGGCGAAGGUGCGCCGCCUGUCUCAGGAGAAACGACGACUUCCGCAUGAAGCUGGCCAUCGGGCCCCCAGAGCGCGCCGACCGGCAGGUCGACGUGCUGAAGAGCAGCAUGGACUCGCUGGGCUCGCUGAGCCGGGCCCUUUCUGCCGACCUGGAGGCCGAGCGGCGCCGGGGGAAGGCCGCGGACGAGAGGGAGAAGCAGGAGACGACCUGUCGUCCAUACGCGAGAUGCAGCUGCAGCUGCGGGAUGCCGAACGACAGGCGGAGGCGGAACGCACCGCCGCCGCGGCGGCGCGCAGGGCCCUGAGCGGGGUCCAGGCGAAGGUCGACGAGCUGACCCAGGAGAACGUCCAGCUGCGGCGCGGCGGGUCGCAGGCCGACGAGCUUCGCAGGAGCAUGGACGAGCUGGUCCGGGAGAACGUCGAGCUCCGCAGGGGCUCGCAGGCCGUUGCGGCCGCGCCCGCGGCGCCGGGCACGGCGGAGCUGCAGGCGAGGAUGGACGCGCUCGUGCGCGAGAACGUGGAGCUGCGGCGCGGGCAGCCCGCGGCGCCCUCCGCCGAGAUGGAGCUGCUGCGCCGCAACAUGGACGAGCUGGUGCGAGAGAACAACGAGCUGCGGCGGGGCGCGCACCCCGCCUCCCUCCCGGCCGCCGCCGGGGCCUUGCCUGGCCAAGGCCCGCAGCAGCCCCAGCAGCUGCCGUCGUCCGUGGAGCUGCUCACGUCGGAGAACGUGGACCUGCGCCGUUCGUGUGAGGACCUGCGCCGGAGCAUGGAGGAGAUGACCCGGGAAAACGUGGAGCUGCGCCGCAGUGCGUCCGCGCGGCCGCCGCAAGGGGACCCCGCGGCCGAGGCAGGGCUGCGGCGCAGCGUGGACGAGCUGACGCAGGAGAACAUCCGGCUCCGGCGCGACGCCCUGGCCGCCCAGACCGCCCAGGGCCCUGCGCAGCAGCGGGCCGCCGAGCUGGAGCGGCAGGUGGAGGCCCUCAGCAGGGGCCCCUCGCGGGCGGGGAGCCUUGCGCUCGGGGCCCUGCGCGUGGGGGGCGCGCUGGGGGAGCUGCGGCGGCUGCACGACGAGAACCAGGCCUACCGGCGGGUGCUGAGCAUCGUUUUCAGCCGCGCGGGGGCGGACGGCGCCGGCACCGAAGCGUUCAACGCGUUGGCGGAGGAGUGCCAGCGGCUUGACCGCCGCGUCGCGGCGCUGAGCGACGAGAACAUCGUUCUGCGGCUACGGCUGCCCCCCGGUCAGGGUGAGGGCAUCGGUGGCGUGACAGCAGCUACCCUGCCGAACAUUCCGACCGCGACGCCUGGCUCCCUUGAUGAGGCGCACGAGGCAAACGUCAUUCUCCUGCAGCGCUUCGAGAUGUUGAAGGCGGAUCACUGUCAAUCGAUCGCGCGGCAGGAGGAGGCCGCGGAGCGCGCGGACAGGCUCGCCGAGGAGCUCGUCGAGGCACGGCGGCGGCAGUCUCGCGCCAGCCCGCCACAGAGGCUGCCUGGCUCCAUGGGCCUCGCCCGGGAGGCGGAGGAGAGCCGGCAACGAGCGGAGCGCUUGGAGGCCGAGCUGGAGAAGGCCUCGCGGGGCCGGCUCGCGCUGCAGCGCCAGCUGGAGGGACAGACGAGGCGCGUCGGGGAAUUGCAGGAGGCCGUCGCCUCGGUGCAGGAGAGGCUCGCGGAGGCCAAGGCGCGCGAGGCCGCCAUGGCCCGCGAGGGCCUGGGCGGGAGCGGCAUCCUCCCGGCCAGCGAGGCCGCCGCCCGCGAGCGGCUGAGGCUCGAGCGGCAGUUGGAGGCCCUCGAGAACGAGAACGGCCAGCUGCAGCGGCACCUGCGGCGCCGGGCGGAAGUCACCUUGGAGCGCGGCGGCGACGCGGGGGCCGAGCUGAAGGCGGACAUGGCCUCGCUGCAGGAGCGCUUCGACCGCUUGGCCAAGCGCAACAAGGAGCUGGAGGGCGACGUAGAGCGCCUGCGCCGCGAGGGAGCGGGCCGCCUCUCGAUCGAGGGCGCGGCGGGCAGGCAGCUCGAGCGGCGCUGCGAGGAGCUGGAGGCCGAGGCGGUGCAGCUCCGCCAGGCGCUGGCGCAGCGCCGCCCCGAGCUGCGGCAGGCGCUGCUGGACGCCACUAAGCGCCGCAUCGAGCAGUCUGGCGUGUCACUGCUGCAGGUGCUGCGCGCGCUGGACCCCGAGCGGACGGGGCUUCUGCAGCUCGACGCCGUCGAGGCGUCGAUCCGCAAGCUGCCGCUGCAGCUGCCGCCCGAGCAGGUGCUCGCGAGCACCCUGGCGGAGUCCACCCGGCGGUUCCAGGUGGCCAGCAGGAGGCACACCGCCGUGCACGGCGCCGGCGCCACGGUGCAGUACGAAGAGUGGGUGGCGCACCUCGUCACGUUGCCCUCGCCCUUCUUGGGCCUCAACCUGGCGGGGGGCGGCGGGGCCCUGGCAGAGGCCGGCGCGGACGACGGCCGAGGAGGCGCAGACCCGGACGUCCGCGAGGACCUGCAGCGCCUGCGGGGCUUCUCUCUGCGCUCGGCGCUGGAGGCCGUGAGCGAGCGCGGCGGCGGGCGGCUCAGCCGCGAGGACUUCGGCCGCGCACUGAGGGUCUUCUUCGAGUUCCUCGAGGGCGAGGAUCGGAGCUCGAGAUCCUCGUCGGGAUGCUCGAGCCCGAGGGCGAACCAGAGGGCGCGGGCUUCAGGUGGCAGGACUGCGUCUGGAAGCUGGACCUGGCCUUCAUGGCGUCCCGCGAGGAGGUUGCCCGACUGGACGCAGCGAGGAAGCAGCUGGAUCAGGUGGCCCUGGGGCAGAGGGCGGCCACCAGCGCUUUCAAGCCGCUGCAGGCGCUCCGCGAUUACGUGCUGCGCCGAGAGGCCGCGGGCGAGCGGCUCGUGCUCCGGCGCGUGUUCGACGCGUUCGACCCGAGGGGCACGGGGUUCAUCCCGGCUCACCAUGAGGGAUUUCCGAUCGGUGCUCCUCGACAAGGCCGGCGUGUCCCAGAUCUCGGACGAGGAGCUCACCGCCGUCUUCGAGGCCGUCGACGGCGACGGCGACGGUGCCCUGAACUUCCGGGCCUUUGAGCUGGCCGUGACCGGGGAGGACCGGCAGAGGCGCGUCACGGACCUGCUGCUCAGGCUCCACAAGUCGAUCAACCGCGAGGGCGUCCUCUUCGAGGAGCUGGUGCGGCGCUUCGACGUGGACGGCGACGGGUCCCUGCAGCGCCCCGAGCUGGAGGAGCUGCUGCGCCACGUGCAGUUCCGGACGAGCGACGCCGAGCUCCGCUUGCUGAUGGGUACGAUCGAUGCCGACUCCUCCGGCACGAUCUCCGUGGCGGAGCUGCACGGGCGGAUGGAGCUGGCUCGCUGUGACGACAUCGUCGACAAGUUCCGUGAGAGCGUGUCCCGCGCGGGCGUCCGGCUUCCGGACAUGUUCCUGAUCGCCGACACGGACGGCAGCAACACGCUGGACUUUGCGGAGUUCGAGUCUCUCCUGGCGCGCAACGGGAUCAGCCUCGGCCAGGCUCAACUGCGGGAGCUCUUCGGCAUCUUCGACGCGGCCCACACCGGCGAGGUCUCGUACCAGGAGCUCCUGCGGCGCUGCGGCCUCUGCCCAGGCCUGCGCCCCGGCGCCGGGCCUGACAGGGAGACCCUGCCGCGCGGGGAGGACGGGCAGGGCUGGCUCGACGAGUGCAUGCGGGUCCUGAAGCGGGCCAUCAUCGGCGCCAAACGCGACGCAGAGGACGUGCGGACGGCGGCGGCCCGCCUCCUGCAGGAGCAGGACGACCGCCGGUCCGGGAGCCUCAGCGCCGCGCAGCUGCGCCGCUUCUGCGGCGCCGUGGGCGUCGACGUGGACGCGCGGGAGACCGAGAGGCAGCCGGGGGCCGCCCGCGUGGCCGAGGAGGCGACCGCCGCCGCGGUGCUGCAGGCCCAGCCCGCGGCCAGGGCGCUGCGGGGCGUGCUGCAGCGGCGCGGCGUCAGCCUCACGGCGCUGCUGGCGGACCUGGACCCGGGCCAGCAUGGGCGGGUGGUCUUCGACGCGUUCUGCGUCGCCGCGGGCAGGAUGCAGCUGGGCCUGGGCGCGGAGGAGCGGCGGCAGCUCCGUGGCGCACUUAAGGUGGACGACCGUGGCCUGUUCAGCACGCACGACCUGCUGCGACUCGUUGGCAAUGCGGACCAGGCGCCCGGGGAUGCCGCCGCAACGCACGAGGAGCUCUUCCUGCCGCCAGCUUCGCGGCCUGCGGACGCCAAGCUGCAGGCUCAGCGCCGCCGGGUCAGCUCCGCAGGGGGCGAGCGCGCUGCGCCUGUGCAGCACCAGCAGCAGCGAGUCGCCAUCGCUGAGAUGGAGGCCCGGCACAAGCGCAAGGUCGAGGCGCUGACUGCUGCGGCGAAGGCCUCUGACGAGGAAUGCCAGCGCCUGCAGCGCGAGCUCAACGAGGCCAAGGCGCAGCUUGCCCUGGCCGUGCCCGCAGGCGCGCCGACGAAGGCUGCUGGAGCGCCAACCGAGCCCGCCGCCCGGCCGCUGCGCGUGCUGCUGAGCGCUGGCAGCGGCGCCCCUGAGAUCGUCAAGGAGCUGAAGCUGGAGGUCCGGGGCACCCGGGAGCUCCGUGACAAGCUGUUCCGCGCCGAGGAGGAGCUGGCUGCGUGCCGCAAGCGCUUGGAGGUGGACGCCCAGACCAUCAUCCAGCGUGAGAGGCACGUGGCAGAGGGAUUGCGGCGCGACCUUGAGGAGAAAGAGAGGGCGCUGGCGGACAUGGACUUUGCACUGCGCCGUGCUCGUGCCGCCGCUGGAGAGGGCGACUGGGCUGCACGCGAGCAGGAGUUCAUGCGCCUGAACGUGCAGGUGAAGCGGCUCGAGGACGAGCUCGCGGGUCGGCGCAGGGGCGAGGCCGAGCUCGCCGACCGACUCUUGGAUCAAGAACACCAGGCGAUGGAGUUCCGCUUCGAGCGCGAGCAGUCGCACUCGCGGACCAUGCGGCUGGAGCAGAGGAUCCUGGAGCUCAGCCUGGACGUCGGCGACGGCGCCGCGCACGCCGCCGCCGCGGCGCCGGCCGGGAGCGGCACGCCGGCGGGGCGCAAGGAGCGGGGCCUACGGGAGAUCGUCGAGGGCCUGGAGCGCGUGGUCGCGCAGCAGCAGGCGGAAAACCAGAGGCUCAAGGCCGAGCUGACCAGCAGGCGUGACGAGCGGCGACACCGCGCGGAGACGGAGCGGCUGAGGAAGAAGAUCGCCGAGCUCGAGGCCGAGCUGGGCGGCGAGGACCGCCGCCGCCGCCAGCUGGGCCAGCAGAUGCGCCACGCCUCGCGCGACGAGGGGCGCGCGGCGCGAGAGGUCCCCGGCGCCCGAGCGAGGGCGGGGCAAAUCCCCGCCUCGCCGAAGGAGCACCGCAUCCGCGAGCUCGAGCAGCGGCUUGGCCGCCAGGCAGAGGACGCCCCCGCGGCGGCGGGCGAGGACACGGAGCGCCUGCGGGAGGAGCUGCACUCGCUCCGCGCCGCCCGCGAGGCGGACGCCGCGGCGCUGGACGAGGCGCAGCACGCGCUGCGGGAGGCGGAGCUCACCGAGCGGCGCUACCUGGAGGUCGCCAGGGAGAACAGGAAGCUGCGGGAGAACCUCGAGGAGCUCGACCAGCCGGGCUUCUGGGAGGACGUGGAGGCGCUGGAGGGCCGCAGCCGCGAGGGCGUCCAGCUGGCCCGCGAGAGCAAGGAGGCCCUCGAGCGCAUCGCGGAGGCCUUCCCCUCCCUGCAGCCUCCAGAUGCGCUGAUGCAGCGGCUCGGCCGCUUCGUCGCCGCCGCCGCGGCGGCGUGAGGGGCUGUGUCCCAGUGGAAAGGGGAGGGGAGGCAGGGGUUCAGCGGAGGGAUGUACGCGGCUUUGUUGGCCCGGCUGCGUCGCAGUCUGGUGGCGCACGGGUCGGUCCCGUUGGCUGCUGCAUCGUCUCCGCGCCGCUGACCCCUCUCGACUGCGUCCGCCUCGGCUCGGUUUCGGCCCGUUGGGUAGGUUUUCGGUUCGGGUGUCGCCGUGGGCGGCCUUGGCAGGAGAGACGGGCACGUACAUACUAUCGCACCUCGCUUCGCUGUGCUGCGAUAUCCUGCUUUCCCCGACCAUCCUGGCAUCUGCAGCCCUGCGUCACGCCUUGUCGUUUAGCCUGUGC